AUGGCCAUUCCAUCAUUACAACCAGUCUCGGAGACACUGAUCCCCAUCUCGAAAGACGACACCCAAUUCAUCCCCACCUCGCGGCAAAAACAAACCAUCCGCUCCCUUAUCCCACCCGUCAUUCCAAGCCGUCUUAAAUCUGGAGGCCACACCCUCACCCUUAGAACCAAACGAAGAAACUCAACUUCCUCCUCCAUCCAAUCCGUAACCUCAUCCCUCCUAUCUCGCCCCCGAAAAACCACUCAGACGCCCACCCCCUCCCUCGCCACCCUCCCCUCCGAGCUCCUAACAGCAAUAUUCACGCACCUAGACCAAAGGAGCCUCCACGCCCUCCUCCUCACCUCCUCACACACCCUAGAAAUCGCGGCCAAAUUCCUCUAUUCACAUCCCCAAUUCGCCUCCACCUACCGCUUCGCACAAUUCAGCUUCGAAGUCUCUCACCACCCGCACUACGCAACCCUCGUACGAACCCUCGACCUCUCCUCCUUCCACAAACUCCACCAGAACCCCGAGAACCAGGAACUCUUACCACUAGCCGGCUGGCGAGAAUUCAAGUACCGGCACCAGGACACUCCCUGGCAACGCAGCACACCAUUUUUACAAACCUCCCACUUCGGCAAGACCUCCACACACCUCGCACCGUGCCCUUUCCUCAAAUCCUACCACCGCACACGAGACAUCCCCAUCGGCGCCCUCUGCCACGUCCUCACCGCCUGCACCUCCCUCAAAGCCCUCAACCUCUCACGCCUCCAACUCGCAGGCGACUUCCUCGUCGCCUCCCCCUUAUUCCCUCCCACCGCAACCACAAAAAUGGUCUUCGUCUCCGACGUCCCCAAGAGCUGGACGUGGGCAUCGGACGAUUUGAAGCCCGUGUACGCGGACGAUAUCAUCCGGGCGAUUGUGGGCUUAAGCGAGUUGGAGGUGUUGAAGGCGAGGGCGUGUAUGUGGUUGACGACUUCGCGGGUGGAGCGGUUGAUGCGUGGUGCGAAUCGGGGGACGGGGGAGAAGGGGGGGUUGAGGAGGGUGGAUUUCAGGGAGAGUGGGAUGCAGAAGGGGGUUGGGUGGGCGAUUAA